AUGAGUAAUAGUAACGAGAAUAUCACACCUGCUGCUCUUUUGGAACAGUUGGUAUAUGUUGAUACAUUCAUGCCAGAAAUUGAUGAUCCAUCUCAACUUGAUGAAAGGUUAACCGCUGAACUAUCAGCAUUUGCAGAUGAAUCUUUUAUAUUCCCUGAUGAAGAGAAACCAACAAGAAAUAACAAUAACAACAAUAAUAAUAAUGAAGAUGAAAAAGAUGUUCAUAAUGAUCAUAAUAGGGAUCCAACAAAUAUUAAAGAUGAACCAACAAAUCAUCAUGAACAUUUAAUUAAAAGAUUUGAUGAAAUGAAUCAAAGAUUUGCAAGUAAUCCAUUAAGUUCAAAUUCAAAUUCAAAUUCAAAUUCAAAUCAACCUAAAACUUUUAAUACUUUACAACAAUCAAAUAAUUUGGAUAGUGGAAUUUCAAACAUUUUAUCACCUUUACAACAUAAUCAAAAUGUAAAUAGCUCAUUAUUAAAUUCACAUUCAGAAUCUUUACUUAAUCAAUUUCAUAAAGAAGGUAAUAAUCAUGAUGUUUUAACUAAUUUACCAAAAGUUCCAGUUCCACCAGGUGCUCAAUCUUCUUUAAUAGCUGCAGGAUUAUCUCAAACUCAAAUAGAUGCUUUAGCUGCUUUAAUUGCUCAACAUCAAGGUGUUGAUGAAAAUGGUCAUAAAAAUUCAAAUUCAUUAUCAAAUUUAAUAUCUCCAUCACAAAGUUUAUUAAAUCCAGUAGUUACAACACCAUCAUCAUCAAGUGAUUUAUUAUCAUCAAAUAAUAAUAGAAAAAACAGUGCUACAAGUUCAAAUGAAGGAACUUAUGGAAAUCAUAGUCGAUCAAAUUCAAUAGUCAAAUUAGAAAAUUCUGGUGAUGUUGAUUUAGAUAAAAGAAAACGUAAUACAGCUGCAAGUGCAAGAUUUAGAAUUAAAAAAAAAUUAAAAGAACAACAAUUAGAAAGAAAUAUUCGUGAAUUAAAUGAAUUAACUUUAACAUUAGAAAAAAAAAUUCAAACUUUAGAAAUGGAAAAUAAAUUAUUAAGAAAUUUAGUUGUUGAAAAAGGUGAACAAAAAAAUAAUGAUGAAUUAGAAUAUUUAAAAAGAAGAGCUAAACUUUCUGCUAAUAAUGAUCAAUCAGAAAUUUCAAAUUCAAAUAAUGAAAAUAAUGGCGGAUUCGGUACAUCAAGUGGAACUUUUUAA